UGUGUGGCAAUUGGUUAAUCCUAGGACUAGUUCUGUAAGAAUACACUGUUUGUUGUUGCCAUCGUUCUAGGAUAAAGCUUUGUUCUCAUUGUUGAGGACUGACUCAUAACUGUGCUUAUUGUUUUGGUGUAAUUGUGUGAUGUGAAUCUUAAUACAGUAGCUCUGCCUUUUUCUAGGACGACAAACUAAACACCUUGGAUUUUCAAUAGUUUCAAUCUGGCACCAUGGCAGAUGAGGCCUCCCCGCCAGACACGGCGUCAGCUGGGGCCAAGGGAUCGCCGUUCUCUCUCGACAACCUGACCGUGGACCGGAUGAUCGGUAGGGGACAGUUCAGUUGCGUGUACCGGGCCACUGUCAAGGGAGAGCAUGGUGCAGGAGUGGCCAUGGCAGUCGCCUUGAAGAAGGUCCAGAUAUUCGAUAUGGUUGACACCAAAGCCACGCUGGAUUGCAUGAAAGAGAUCAACCUGCUGCAGCAAAUGGAUCAUCCGAACGUGAUAAAGUACUUUGCCUCAUUUAUCAAGAACAAGGAACUGGUUAUUGUCUUGGAACUAGCGGAAGCCGGAGACCUGGGACGGAUGUUACACCACUUUCGGCGACAGCGACGCCUCGUACCGGAAAGGACUGUGUGGAAGUACUUCGUACAGAUCUGCUGCGCCCUGGAACAUAUGCACUCGCGCCGCGUCAUGCAUAGAGACAUAAAGCCGGCCAAUGUUUUCAUGACGGCGGAAGGCGUUGUGAAACUGGGGGACCUCGGACUGGGUCGCUACUUCAGUGCCAAGACGAUGGCAGCUCACUCUAUGGUGGGGACUCCGUACUACAUGAGUCCCGAGCGGAUACACGAAUGCGGCUACACCUUCAGCAGUGAUAUCUGGUCUCUUGGAUGUCUUCUCUACGAGAUGGCUGCUUUGCAAUCGCCGUUCUUCGGAAACAAAAUGAACCUCUACUCACUAUGCAAGAAAAUCGAGAGAUGUGAAUACCCUCCCUUACCCUCGGGGAUCUACUCUGAACAGAUGCAAAAGCUCAUCGGUGAAUGCAUAUCAGCUGAUCCCUCGGCUCGACCAAACAUUCAACAUGUCCACAGAGUUGCCAGAGAGAUGCAUGAGUUGAAAGUGUUACGCCACCCACCUCCUCCGUUGCCACAUACUCCCUCAUCAGUUUCCAUCCGCAGGGUUCCUGCUCACUCCUACCAUAAGCGGUUUUCCUUCACGUAAAAUACGUUCUGUUUACACUUUGUUCCUUUCGUACCAAUAUGUAAUUUAUUAAAAGUUCUAUUUUAAUAAAAAAGUGGAUUUCUUAUUUUUAUAAA